GUCUGAAGUUGUAUACCUCUCAUAACAAUCCGCUCACAAAAGGAAUGUUGUUUCCUAUUUUUAAAUCCUAGUCACGUAUGUUGAUUUUCCACGCUACAUCCUCUCUUCGUUGAAUUAUACGAUAACUGGAAUAUAGAUAAUCAUCACCGAUAUAGACUUCGGGAUAGCAUCUUGAUGACAGCGCUGACAUAUAGGUAUGAGGGUAUCACUGCUUGUUCUUGGUGUUUUCCAAAUAACGCUGUUUUUGCCUGGUGCAAGUAGUAAUUGUCCCUUACCAAGGAUAAAAAAUGGUUACACCAGGAAAAAACCGGGGAACAGAGUAGCGUUUUUCUGUUUGAGUGGUUAUAGUAGAUAUGGACCGAGGACUUCCGAAUGUGAGGGUACCAAUUGGAAAAGCCAACCCCCUAUCUGUGUCGCACCUGGAUGUCCAAGUUUGCCGACCAAUCCGAGGAGAGAUAGGGAUUUUAUCCACAACGAGGCUGUUGUAAUGUUUAUUUGUUUGGACCCAUUUGUACUUGUUGGCAAGGCAACGGCAUAUUGUGAUGGCAAGAUAUGGAGUUCUCCAGCCCCUGAAUGUCAAAAUCCAGAAGAAAUUGAAAAUUGUGAUUUUGAGGACGGGGAAUUUUGUGGUUGGGAACAAGACAAAUCGGAUGAUUUUGAUUGGUCCCGGCAUAGUGGCGAAACCACUACAGGAAGGACGGGACCGGAAACCGAUCAUACUCUCGGACCGACGAGACUUGGCGAUCAUAUCGUAGGUCACUACAUCUAUAUAGAGAGUUCCGCCCCGAGGAUUGAAGGGGAUGUAGCUCGCCUCCUCUCGCCUGUGUACCCAGCAUCCAAAAGUGGAAGGUGCUUCCGGUUCUGGUAUCACAUGAAAGGCCCGGAUGGUGAAAACCAUGUGGGCUCACUGACUGUAAGUAUCCGGCUGUUUGAUGAAUUACAAGCUGCUGAGGACCAUGUCCUGUUCACUGUAAAGGAGAAUCAAGGGCCUGAUUGGAACGUGGGGCGGGUGUUCGUCUACAAAACGAACGCGCCUUUCAGAAUUGUGUUAACGGCGACACGACAGAGGAGCUACAUCAGCGACAUAGCGGUGGAUGACAUCAGUCUAUACAAUUGUCAAGGUAUGGUAACAACCACCAAAUCACCAUCGACGGAAAUUACGUCACAAGCAACGGAAAUAGAAACAACAGAACUAGCCACAGUUGACGAGACAACAUCUGCUGAAGAGAUGACAACCAGAACCGGAUAUGACGUCACCAGUGUACAAUCUCAAUCAGUAUCUGUUUCAUCUGCAUUGUUAAGCAUAAUGUCGUCAAGUGUAAACCCCAUUACUUCAUCAAGAACUUCGUCCCUUUUCAGUACUAGAAAUGACGUCACUACCUUAUCAACACCUUUUUCGUCAUCAUUUAAUGUUACAGAAAAUGUUGAUUUGAUAACUACCCAACCCAACACUGAAUCUACCGAGCAUAGCACAAUUUUCACUCCAACUACGAACGAGGAAGUCGAUAUUGGGAAAAGUUUGAUCAAACCGGAACAAAAUACAACAUCUAAUGAUUCACAAACGCACAAAUACACGCCAAAAUCAGGCAACAGAAAUUAUGUAUUUCAAAACGAGGGCGUCAUCCAUUCCGUUUCGUUCGUGGUAUCUCUUGCCGCUGGAAUAGCUGUUUUCGUCAUCGGUGCUUUAAUCGUCGCAUUUAUCGUCCACCGAAUGAAAAAGCAAACAAAACAUUACAAAGACGAUGAUUUUGAAACUAUGCAUACAGCAACUUAUAGAAAAAAGUCGACCGAAGGUCUGAUACUGUAGUUUAUAAAACAAGUAGUGUAGGCUUAUAACAAGUCUAUAUUCUUCGUCUUUCGUACGGUCAAUCCGUAGUUCAAGAGUUUUUUUUACUUUUGUUUUCUGACUUUCGCCAUGAAAACGAUAGGUCUGUGCUAAAGUUACAUCAACUGAACUGUUUGUUUACUGCCGAACAGCUUCCAAGCAACAAUGCAACAUAUUAAAUUCAACUUGAGAGAAAUGUACUUCAUUAGAAAUGGCAAAAAGUGCGUUGUGUUGAACAAUCGAAAUCGAUUACUAGAUUUCUAGUAAGCCUCGUUUUGACUUUAUAAAAACCUACAUCGCAGACUUUGACAUUCAGAUUCCCUGUUGGUAUAUCAUGCAAACGAUACAUAUACUAGACUUUGUUUUCACACUUCAGAAAUGCAAGGGUUCUCGCUCCUGAAAACAACCCUGAAAGAUUCCUCGGCUAAUGUAAUUAUGGUGGUUAGUCAUAUACCGAAAGUACUAGGUAUAUGUACAUACAACCCGAGGUUGAUAUACAUGAUUAAGUUGUAAUGAUUACUAAGUAUGCUAUAGUGUAGACAUGACCAGACUUUGAAAACUGUUAUAGUAUUGGCUGUACAGAGAAAUGUGUCAGGGAAAAUGAUAAAGUUUCAACUGGCUCAUUGUUACAAUUUACAUUGUAAUUUUAAUUAGAGGUAUUUUUUCUGUACUUGUGUUUAGAACGUCAAACUUUUCAUUACGUUUCAAGAUAUCGAUCUUUUAAUUCAAACUGAAACAGGAUGUUCUACUCCUGACACCCAAAGCAAUCUCCUUGUAUCUCCGUAAUAUUACUGAUUAGAAAUAUGAAAAAAGUAAACGUUAAGACUUCACAAACACCUUUGUUUAGAGAUUUUCGGAUUCCUACAUUAUAGCUUAUGACUUAAAAAUCGAUCCUCCUCCUCAACGUUGUGGAAGAGAAGACUUUAUCCUUAUAUGGGAGGAAGAAAGGAAGAAAAAAUUGAAAGAAAGAAAGAACUUGAAGAAAGAAAGAAAGAAAGAAAGAAAGAAAGAAAGAAAGAAAGAAAAAGAGUAGUAAGAAAAGAAAGAAUGAAAAACACAAUCACAGUUUACGUAUAUUAAACUUGUUUUCCUUAUUAGAUGAAUAUAAGACAUGUGUAGUACGAUAGUGUUUUUGCAGCAUAAGUUUAGUUCAGUGAUUUUUGUAUAUGUGAGUUAUCUCCCUUCUUUGCCACAUUGGUUGUAAGUAUUCCAUACCAUUCUAUGAAUCAUGUCACUACACGGCUCUCGUAACAACAAGCAAUGAAAAACACAGCCUUGUAGCUCGCCGAAAUUUAGCAAAAUUUAAAAGUAUACACUUCCGGCCAGUGAUAUCAUUCUAAACGCUAAAAUGGAAGUUGAGACUUCAAAUCAAACAGACGUUAACAGAAUUGUGCAGAACAAAGGACAAGUCUGUAAAUUUAAGAAUGGUACAAUUUAUAUCAAAUUGGAAACAAAGACAGGCAGGUCACUAUUGCUGUGAAAAUAUUGGUUGAAGAAACUUGAGCCAGAUAUUUCUCUCCAUCCCAGCACUUUUCGCUGCAGUCCAAGCGAAGAAAUUUCAUCUUCAGAAACCCUCCUGAGUUACGCACAACGAACUAUUAAGAUACGGCUGUCUACUAUGAACCCAGAAGUCACAUUGAUAUAUCUAUAUAUAUGAGUGAGCGUGAAUUGUCCCGUGAUCUACAUGUUGUGUGAUUGCCUGUAUUCCUGUUGUUUGUGUUGAAUAAAACGAACUAUUAACAAAAAAAA